AUGACUGGAAUUGGUGGGGCAAUGUUGAUAACAUUCUAUAGAGGCGUGAAAGUUAAGAUGCUAUCCUUCCACAUUAACCUCUUCAAUCAGCGAAAUGGCGGCGGCACCGUACACUCAUCACAUAGUGGCGGAAGGUUGUUCUUGAUGGGUGCUAUGUUGGCGUUCUUCAACAACGCGUCUUAUGUGUUGUGGCCGAUCAUUCAGGCGAAGAGGGAUUUCAGUCAGUGGAAGUUGGGUUGGAAUGUCAGGUUACUCAUUAUAGCUUACGCUGGUAUAGUGGUUUCAGGAGUGAUGGUGGCUGUGAUAUCGUGGCUAGAAGUGUUUUGUCCAUGCAAGAGGUACUAA